AGUGUUCAAACAUGAACUCAACGUACGAUCGAGAAACCAAAGUAUGGAGUGGUCCACAUCAACCUCCGAUCCUGAACCCGGAAGCAAGCUUCGGCCAGACGUUGUUCGCCAUGAUGGGCCUCAACCCGGACAGGGUGAUCCAGAUCGACGUUGACACGGGAAGGUCGAUGACCUGCGGUGAAAUGCGACUGCGGGCAAUCCGUGCCGCGCAGAAUCUGACGGCGUUGGGACUUGGCCAAGGUGACAUGGUCUCGAUGGCUUGUGCCAACAGUGAGAAUCUGGUGCCGAUGGUUCUGGGACUGCUCAUCAACGGGAUGCCGUUUAAUCCGUUGGCUCCGGGGUACGGGUUGGAUGAUAUGGCUCACAUGAUGGAGAUUACCCAGCCCAAGUUGGUGUUUUGUGAUGCGGACAACUACGAGUUGACCAUGAAGGCGGUUGAGUUAUCGGUGAAGAUCAAACCAAUGAUUUGUGUGUUUGAGAGUGAUAUGGAAAACGUAAACAAGGCUGAAGAUCUGCUCAAGGAAACGGGGCGUGAACUGAUGUUUUUACCACCUUAUCUCGGAGACUCACGGAAACAGCUUGGAGUUGUGAUUUGCUCAUCAGGGACAACAGGCUUUCCCAAAGGAGUGUGCCUUAACCAUGCUCAACUUAUUGCAAUUACUGCAACUUUGUUAGCGAUCAAGUUUGAGUACAUGUUGAACUUUAGUCCCAUAUACUGGUCAUCUGGAUUAUUUACCAUGCUAACGAGUCUACUUGUCUGUAGUACGAGGUUAGUCACAAGAAGUCCAUUUGAUGCAGAUUUGUGCUUUGACCUGUUGGAAAAGUACCCGGUGGACUUUAUAUACACGCCACCUUCAUACGCAAACAUGCUGAUUGUGCACCCUCGACUAAAGAGCGUAAAUUGGACACACAUAAAGGCGUGGGUCUUUGGAGGUAGUUUCUUGUCUCCUAAGGUUCGAGACGCCAUUGCUGCUAAAUUACCGAAUGGAGUGACGAUGAACUAUUACGGAAAUUCGGAAAUUGGAGGAUUUGCAGGCGACAUCAUGAAGCAGAAACCGCAAUCAGUGGGAAUAUUGCAGACUAAUAUUAAAGCAAAAGUCGUUGAUGAUGAUGGUGAAGUACUUAACAAUGGUGAACAGGGCGAGCUGCUGGUGAAGUUCUGCGAAGACUUCUCCGGAUAUUACAAUAACUCGAAAGCUAGUGCCGAAAGCGUAGACGCUGAUGGUUGGUUCCGGACGGGAGAUAUUGCAUACUUUGACGAGGAGGGAUUCCUAUUCUUGGUUGAUCGUAAGAAGGAUCUGCUUAAAUAUCGUAACUAUCAGAUUGCUCCAGCAGAUUUGGAGGACCUUAUCGGUAAGAUCGAUGGGGUCGCUCAGGUGUGUGUGGUUGGGCUGCCAGAUGAAGAUGAAUCGUCCGAUAAGGUUACAGCGGCUGUAGUUAAGGCCGACGGAAGUAACCUCACUGAGGAAAAAUUGUUGGAAUUUGUACACGGAACAGUGGCGGACUAUAAAAAGCUGAGGGGAGGUGUUUACUUCGUGUCGGAAAUUCCACUUACUUCAACUGGCAAACCACUGAGGAGGAAGCUGAGAAACGAAUUAAUAGAGCGAUUGAAAAUGUAAUCACCAGUUGAUUCGAUAUCGCAAGCACCAAAUAAAUUUUACACAAAUAUUAGUU